AUGUUUGCAAAUUGUUUAAAAAGUGCAAGGCAUAAUAAAUUUGGAUCUCUGGCAAGAUUCGAAUCAACACUGGUGAUAGCGGAGCACAAUAAUGAAACCCUGACACCAAUUACCCAGGCAGUGCUUAGUGCUGCGAAGAAAAUCGGAGGUGAUAUAACUGUGCUGGUUGCUGGAACAAAGUGCGGACCAGCUGCGGCAGCAUUAUGUAAAGCUAAUGGCAUCAGCAAAGUACUGGUCGCUGAGAGCGAUGCUUUCAAAGGAUUUACUCCAGAGUCUAUGACGCCUUUGAUUCUGGCGACUCAUAAACAAUUUAAUUUCAGCCAUAUUAUGGCUGGAGGUAGUGCUUUUGGUAAAGCAUUAAUACCACGGGUCGCCGCAAAACUCGAUGUAUCCCCAGUGAGUGACGUUAUCAAUAUCAAGUCUUCAGAUACUUUUGUCCGACCUAUCUACGCUGGCAAUGCAUUACAAACAGUAAAGGUCAAAGAUAGCAUCAAAGUUGUUACAGUCAGAGGCACUUCAUUUGAAGCAUUACCCUUGGAAGGUGGAAACGCAUCCACAGAGCCGGCGCCAGCCGGGGAGUAUAAAUCAAAUUUAAUUGAAUUUAUUAAACAAGAACUGAGUAAAUCAGAUCGCCCGGAAUUGACAUCAGCUAGCGUUGUUGUAUCGGGUGGACGAGGUCUUAAAUCUGGUGAUAAUUUCAAGCUGAUAUACUCACUCGCCGAUAAGCUAAACGCCGCUGUUGGUGCCUCACGUGCUGCCGUAGAUGCUGGCUAUGUACCCAAUGAUAUGCAAGUUGGCCAAACUGGAAAAAUUGUUGCUCCCGAUUUAUACAUCGCCGUGGGUAUCUCAGGUGCAAUUCAACAUUUAGCUGGUAUGAAAGACUCAAAAACAAUAGUAGCAAUAAACAAAGACCCGGAAGCUCCAAUCUUCCAAGUUGCUGAUUACGGAUUGGUUGCUGAUUUAUUUAAAGCUGUUCCCGAGUUAACUGAUAAAUUAUAAUCAGGUUUCGAUAAAAAAAAUGAUUAAUAAAAUUAAAUAUUUGUAUUAA